AUGCUUAAAAAUGAAUUAUUAAGACUCGGUGGUCUGCACAAACCUACUACUCCAACGUAUGUCUUAGAUGAUAUAGCCCACGAAAAGGGUCAUACCGACAUAAGAUUACCCCCGUACCACUGCCAGUAUAAUCCGAUCGAGCUUAUCUGGGCCCAAGUCAAAGAGCUGGAGCCAUCUCUAUCCGUCACUGAGCAAAACCUGGCAGACCGAGUUCGGUACAUCCUGCGCUCCAACAUAUUUGGUGACGCCGAACUCGAACGACUACGACGUGAGGCUGUUCCCUCAUCGGAUGGAAAUGCUACGGCUGGGAAUGCGGCGCCACUAAUUGCGCAGCAAACUGCAAAUGUGGACGCUGCCGUCAAUAUUCCAUUUGUGGUUGAUUCAGACGAUGAUGGAAUAGUCCCCCACGAACUAGAGAAAAUGAGGAGCAUAUUGGAAGAGUCGAUGCUGGAAACGCGCAGCAUGCCUCUCGAAAAUCGACCGCGACUUCCCCGCAUACCCCUUAGCAAGCGAAAUCGGGCUGUCGUGCGGGCUCUUAACCCAAUGCUGGUGACCUAUUUGGAAGCCAGCCGGGACCUUUGCGAGACGGACUCAAUUCUUUUUGGCGCCGCACUGGCAGUAUGCCGUAUUAUUGGCGCCAAACUUCCCAUGGCUGGACGUGCUACUCAACAAGGUAGUGCCAUCCCAGCCUGGAGAAAAAGAAUCGAGGACCGUAUCGCAAAGGCAAGGGCCCUUAUCGGCAGACUGACAAGCUUCAGGUCGGGUAAUAUUAGACCGAGAGUUGUGCGCACCGUUAGAAUGGCGUUUGCUGGGACAAAUAUUAGUUUGUCCCAGCCGGAUAUCACGCAGAAACUAACGGAGCGCAUAGAUGACCUGAAGCAAAAAAUCGCUGCUUGGGGGAAGCGGAUUCGACGAUUUAGCGAGAGGUCAAGGCGGUUCAACCAAAAUCGUCUCUUCCAGAGUGAUCAGAAGAGGCUCUAUAAAUCAUUGGAGCGACCAGAGGUAUGUGGAGCGGGCCCAGGACCGGAUCAGGCUGACACUGUCGCAUUUUGGCGUGGCCUGUGGUCAGAGCCCGUAAACCACAGCGAGGGCCCUUGGAUGGAAGUUGUGGCGAGCCAGAGUGCAAGUGUUACGCCUAUGGACCCCGUCACCAUAACGCCUGAAGACGUGGCUGAGGCGGUCCGUAGGGCCCCGAACUGGAAAAGUCCGGGGCUCGACGGGCUGCAUCAUUACUGGCUGAAGGGGUUCGUAGUGUGUUACGCUGUGCUCGCCCGACAGUAUCAAGAGGCUCUCGAUCAGAAGUCGCUCCCGAGCCUCUUCACUACUGGGAUCACUCACUUGGUUCCUAAAGAUCAGGAUACCACAGACCCGAGCAAAUACCGCCCCAUCACAGACAUGCACAUUCGUAAUGAACAUAGGAAUUUUCCUAUCGGCAGCUCUGAAGGUGCAUUCUAG